CGAUCUUGUUUACAGAAAAAUACAUUACACUCUUCUUCUUUCUUUUUUUCUUUCUCCAAAUCUCAACGACUCCAUCUUAAUUUUCUCUAUCUCUCUAAAUUGAAUUCGAAACCUAAUUUUUGGGAUAACAUUAAUUGCAGAUUAGAAGAUCAGUUCAGCAUUUUUGGAAAAAAAACAACAAACAGAUCUUUUUCAAUCCGUUUGUCAUUGGUGUGUGUUAAUUUUACUGAUUCUUUUGGGGAUACUAUUUGUGUGCUAUAUCAAUGCUGGUGGUGAAAUUUUGAGUCAAGUGGCAUUACCAUUUCAUGAUGGGUACCCCACACCGCAGAGAUGCUCCUAAGAAAUCAAAUGAUAGUGCUAGACUUGUUAUAACUACAAUAAUGGGAGUUGUAUUUGGGUUUUUUAUUGGUGUUUCGUUUCCGUCUGUUUCAGUUAGUAAGUUUAAUCUAGGCCUUACACCGUCUGUUCCCGUGUCCAAUACUAAUACAUUCGCAGUAAGUCGACCUAUGGAUCCAAAUAGUUCAGCUGAUAUAAAGGUAUAUGUUCCUACAAAUCCACGUGGAGCUGAGUUACUUCCUCCUGGGAUCAUUGUUUCUGAAACUGAUCUUUACUUGCGCAGAUUAUGGGGUGAUCCCAAUGAGGAUCUGCCCACAAAGCCUAGGUAUUUAGUGACAUUCACGGUUGGGAUCGGUCAGACCAAGAAUAUCGAUGCAGCAGUUAAAAAGUUCUCUUCGAACUUCACAAUUUUGCUAUUUCAUUAUGAUGGCAAGACUAGUGAAUGGGAUCAAUUCGAGUGGUCAAAGCGUGCAAUCCAUGUUAGCAUAAGGAAGCAAACAAAAUGGUGGUAUGCAAAACGAUUUCUACAUCCAGAUAUAGUAUCAUCUUAUGAGUAUAUUUUCAUUUGGGAUGAAGAUCUAGGAGUUGAGCACUUCAAUGCGGAGCGGUAUAUCGAAUUGGUAAAGAAACAUGAUUUGGCCAUCUCUCAACCUGGUCUUGAGCCAGAUAAAGGAUUGACAUGGCAGAUGACAAAGAGGAGAGGAGAUAGUGAAGUUCACAAGGAAACCGAAGAGAAACCAGGCUGGUGUUCCGACCCACAUCUACCACCAUGUGCAGCCUUUGUGGAAAUAAUGGCACCUGUGUUUUCUCGUGAUGCAUGGCGAUGUGUUUGGCAUAUGAUUCAGAAUGAUUUGGUGCAUGGAUGGGGAUUGGACUUUGCAUUAAGAAGAUGUGUUGAGCCUGCACAUGAGAAGAUUGGGGUGGUUGAUUCUCAAUGGAUCAUUCAUCAAGUUAUACCAUCUCUUGGGAGUCAGGGUGAAUCAGAUAAGGGGAAAGCACCAUGGGAAGGAGUGAGAGAGAGGUGCAGAAGUGAGUGGGCAGAGUUCCAACAUCGGCUUUCACGAGCAGACCAAGAUUAUUUGAAUCAAAAGGGGAAAGUGGGGUAAAGUAGAGUUUCAGCACUCAUAUUAUGCUGCUGAUCUACCGCGAAUACCUUGAAUCCUUCUUUUACCCUCUUGGUAUUGAAGGUCUAGAGGAGAGUUCGAUUCUUUGGUGAAAUUUUCUUCCUCAGGAAAGAAAUGUGGUACUAGACCUGUGAAAUUUCAUUUUACUGAUGUAUCCACAUAAGUAUAGGAAGAACAUUUCACUUUCUGUUCAUAAACCAAUACCUCAAGUAUAGGUCCGUUUUACUUUUCUCUUAGCCUUUUUCUUUUUUGUCCCCACGGUAAUCUCCAGGACCUGCUUAUGAUUGUUACUACUUAGCCUGAAUAUGUUGUUGUAGUAGUUUAUGGUAUAAAAAAGGCAUUUAGGGUCUUAAUUUAGUUUGUGUAUUUUAUUUUA